AUGCAACAAAGCAUCAGUACCCUCGCCUCGAGUCGCCUGGCUCCUCAGGCCGACUCCAUUAUAGCGGCACGCUCUGCAUACGAGGUUCAGUACCCUCGCCUCGAGUCGCCUGGCUUCUCAGCCCGACUCCAUUAUAGCGGCAAGCUCAGCAUGCGAGGUUCAGUACCCUCGCCUCGAGUCGCCUGGCUUCUCAGCCCGACUCCAUUACAGCGGCAAGCUCCGCAUGCGAGGUUCAGUACCCUCGCCUCGGGUCGCCUGACUUCUCAGCCCGACUCCAUUAUGGCGGCACGCUCUGUAUGCGAGGUUCGGUACCCUCGCCUCGAGUUGCCUGGCUUCUCAGCCUGA